AUGCCUGCGAAAUCCUCCAUCGCCGCCCAACAAUACUCCCAAACAACCAAACACAACAAACAUGCCUGGCGAGGUGGCAUCCUCCGUCGCUUCCCCUGGAUCGGGAUCCUCGCCCUCCUAGGCGCCCUAGCCUGCAUCUUAGCAGCCAUUGCAGUCCUCGCCUACUCUGACGGAAAGCCCAUAUCCAGCUGGAAAUACUCACCCUCAGUCUACGUCUCCAUCGCCUACACCAUCGCCAACGUCCUCCUGCAGGACGCCCUCGGCCGCGGCGUCGUCGUCGCAUGGUGGACGACGGCCAUCCGCGACGGCACGACGAUUCGCGAUCUGCACAAUACCUGGGACUACGGACAUAGCGCCCUCGCGGCUGUGCGGAGCGGUCGUCAUUUCAACUUCGUGGCUUUCGCGGCUUUGUUCCUCGCUAUCACGCCGAUCAAUGGGCCGCUGUUGCAGAGGUCGGGUGAGGUCGAGGUGAGAAGGACGGAGAGCAGGGCGAAUGUUACGGUUAGGGCGGCGAGGGAGAUUGAUUUCCCGACGGGGUAUAUGUCUGGACGGUUGAGGGUUGUGCCGUUGUUGAGCGAGGCGUUUACGCCGGUUUUCCAGGCGCAUCAGGCUGGACAGAGUAUUGCGGCGAAUCAUACUGGUUGUGCUGGUGACGGGGUUUGUUCGGGCCAUCUUGCUGCUGCUGGGCUGGCUGUCAACUGUUCGACGUAUACUGUUCCUUACAAUGUUGUCCCUGACGAGGGAUGCAACUCGGUCACUGGCAGCAGUCAGCAGUGCAUCGACGCCCAAGCUGGAUUCAUCAUGUUCAGAUCGAACAUCUCCUGGUUCUACGACAAGCCCGGACAACUGAACUUGGACGUCCAGUACAAAGAUCAAUCGGCUUGUACAGGCGAAAUGAUGAUCCAGAACUGUACCCUGCGGGCAGCCACUGUCCAAUACCCCGUCAUCAUCGACGGCAACAGCUCCACCAUCACCCUUGACCCCAAGUCGUCCAUCUUCGACGACGUCGUCGAAUCCCUCGGCAACUACAAAGACCCCGGCAUCCAAGGCCCCACCCAACUCGGGGGUUACGCUCACGCCUUGAGCGACAUCUUCUACGGCGUCUCCCACAUCCGCUGGGCGGGCGCAGUCGGCUACGAAGUUCUCUCCACAGGCCCCUCAGGAACCCGCUUCGCCAACCUCACAGAAGCACAAAAACAACAAAACGGCCUCACCCAAGGCCUCUGCAACAUCUUCUUCAACGACCCCGUGCCCGACCUCCUCCAACAAGCCCGCGAGCUCAUGUUCCGCACCGCCCUCACAGCCUCCUCCAAGCCCACCACCCACCUCCAAACCCUCGAGCUCAACCAGGUCCGCACCGCCGGCGUCUACCAAUCCAACUACGCCUACCUCGGCGCCGCCGCCGCCGUGUCCCUCCUCGCCGUCCUCAUCGUCCUAGCCACCUUCAACCAGUUCUGGCUGCUCGGCCGCAAAGUCUCCAUGAGUCCUGUGGAGAUUGCUAAGGCGUUUGAUGCGCCGUUGCUCGCGCAGGAGCAUCCUAAUGCGGAGGUGGAGGAGAUGGUUAAGGAUGCUGGGGGAAAGAAGGUGCAGUAUGGGGUUGCGCAGGUGGGUGGUGGUGGUGGGGUGAUACACGUGCCGGGUGGUGGGCCGCCGGUGUAUUUUGAGGGAGGGAAUUUGAAGGGGGUGGCGGGGGCGCAGGUUAGGGGUGUUAGUCCUGAUCUUGGGGUGUUGACGAUGGGGGAUCCGGGGCAGGUGCAGGCUUUGAUUUCGAGGUAG